AUGGCGUGCUGGCGCAAUAGCGGGGGUGAAGGAAGACGGAUGGGGGGCCAGAGAGCUGGGCUCUGGGGCUCUGGGCUUAGCGCCGAGGCCGCCGAGGCCGCCGAGGUUCGCUCGUCGGCUCCCUUCGACAGCGGUGACCGGACACGGCAGGUCUCUUCGCUGACGGCACGCUUGAUGCAACACGCUAGAGUCAAUGACCCCCCGCUGUUGAUUGAUGCCGCUGUGUCCGUACAUACCUGCAGAAGCAGCCCCAAGAAAUGA